CGGGCAAAUUGGCGAAAUAAACGAUUCCGAUCGUUGCGUCGAAUCGAUCUCGAGCGGACGAUCCUUUGCGGUGCCGAGAUCGCGGCGCGCACGGAGAUAAAGAAUUCCGAAUAUGUCGACCGCGACAAUUUCGUGCCAAAAAGAGUGCGUGGAAUGUUGUAUUUCCUGAGGUCGUCUCCUCGAGCACGACCGUUCGAUUAAUCCUGACCACGCUCGGAAUCGCCACGACGUGAUCGGACGUGCCGGAAAGUCUCGGUUAUCGUCAAAGACUCCGUUUUAUUGGGUUUAUUUAUAUAUCAGAUGUACAGACGCCGAAUGAAUUCAUUCGCGUUAAAACAAACAGAUCAACAUGGCUGUUAAUGUGUACGCGACAAAUAUGACGUCGGACAAUCUUAGUCGUCAUGAUAUGCUGGCGUGGGUGAACGACUGUUUGCAGUCAUCGUUUACCAAGAUUGAGGAAUUAUGUACCGGAGCGGUCUACUGUCAGUUUAUGGACAUGCUAUUUCCCGGCAGUGUACCUCUGAAAAGGGUUAAAUUCAAGACCAAUCUGGAGCACGAGUACAUACAAAAUUUCAAAAUUCUUCAAGGUGGCUUCAAAAAAAUGAAUGUGGAUAAGGUAAUACCAGUGGAUAAGCUGAUAAAAGGACGUUUUCAAGACAACUUUGAAUUUCUCCAAUGGUUCAAAAAGUUUUUUGAUGCUAAUUACGAUGGUCGUGAGUACGAUGCUUACGAUGCACGUGGCUGCAUACCAUUGGGUUCGGGUGUGGACGGCACGCACACUCUGUCAAAUCCUCAAUUGGUGCCUCUGCCGCCGCAAUCCAAGCCCCAACAAAGACACAUACAGCAACGUAACAACAUGCCGCGACAACAGCAGGUAAGUAAAGUUCAACCGGCAUAUCGUGCGCAACCGAAGACGACCCCGGCAGUUGGCAAUCGCGGUGAUAGUGGAAAAAUCGAAGAGCUGAAUGCGCAGGUGCUCGAGUUAAAAAUGUCGCUCGAAGGUCUGGAAAAGGAGAGAGAUUUCUAUUUCGGAAAAUUACGUGACAUCGAGGUCAUGUGCCAAGAUUGCGAUAAUAGCGGUGAUCCUCCACCUAUUGUACAGAAAAUUUUAGACGUUCUUUACGCAACAGAGGACGGUUUUGCACCACCCGAAGAACUGGAGGGCGACGGUCUAGCGCCCGACGACGAGGAGGAAUAUUAACCUUUUUUUAUUUACGAUUAUAAUCGAAGAAUGAGAAAACAACAAAUUAUCCAAGUGCGGUUCUUUUUAUCAUGCCUGUCAGCCAGCAUUAGUACCCUUUGCAUAACCGUUUAAGCUCCUUCAAGCAAAUUCAAGCAGUUCUUCAACGGAUUAUAUAUGUUUUGUUAAUAAAUUUCACCAAAAAAUCAUUAAUAUUCGCACGAAAUUUAGAGUAGACACAAAACCGAGUAGUGCACUUGAAUAACUUGGAUCUGUGACUGUUGGAGAAUGAGAGGAAGAGAGAGAGAGAAAGAAAGAGAGAGAGAGAGA